AUGGAUCCAUCGGAGAGACUCGCAGGUGUUGAUGAAGACCGAGAAACACCUGCAGCAAUGUGGACAGCAGCGCAGGGGCUUUGUCAAACUUCCAGCACCUCGGACACAAAAGUGAUGGAGCGUCUGCAGCAAUGUCAGAAAGAACGCCGUGAUCUGGAGCUGAUGCUCCACACCGUCGCUCAGGACUCCAGGUGCAGCUUGUGUCCAGGCGGCUGGCUUUGGUGGAGGGGUCACUGCUACUUCUUCUCAGUGGGACUUCAGGAAAAUCGUGAGUGGAACACGAGCGCUGAGUUUUGUCGGGAUCACAACAGCAGUCUGGCUGUGAUCAAAGACUCUGCAGAGAUGGACUUCAUCCAAGGUGUGAUGAAGACGUUUCGACACCUGCCCUACCUGUGGGUGGGGCUGACCGACUCCAGGCGGGAGGGUCAGUGGCUGUGGUGGGACGGGACAGACAUCCAGCACUACAUGCCGGUGACAGUAGAGUGGGACUCUGACCAGAGAGACUGCGCCGACCUGCGUGGAGGUGGGAGUCUCUUCGCUGUCGACUGUGAAUCGUUCGGACCGUGGGUUUGUAAGAGAGGGUCCUGACAGUCCGCAACACAAAACCACAUGACUUUCAUUUUAUAUUCAGUUCUUUCUUGCA